AUGAUGUCCGCUGCCGCUGCCGCGAUGGAAACGCGAUGUGAAUUCGCUGGUGCUGUCCGAAUGCGUUUCUACUACCUAGGUCCUCCACCCAAGCCGGAGCCUGACGCUCAGAUCGGGCGCGCUUCCUUGGCGCAGGGCACAGCCGACGGCGGUGUGACUGCGUUGAGCUGCGACAUUUUGGUCUCGAUGGAGGAGAAGAUCGCCGUCUGCUGCCAUGCGAAUUCUCGUGGCCGCUGGCUGGCAGCACCGAGCCGCGCCCAGUUACGCGCGCAGGCCGUCUGUGAGCUCAGCGGCUGGUCAGGCGGUCAGGCCGGGCCUGCUGGCCAGUCUUUGGGCCACCGGCGAUGCAAGCGUGCAAAAUUGACGGCAGCAGAUGGCAGAGCUUGCGAAUUCGACGCAGCGGAGGCUGAGUUGAGAGGCUCGACGAGUGGCGCGCGUCCCGACACUAUGGGAGGCCACGCCGCCACCUCUCCUCCUUCUGCUCUCCAUAUCGUCAAGGUACUCAUAAACGUAAGCGUCUACACCAGCCCUUGUCGCAUCGAACCCGCAUCGGUCUGCUCGUCACUGCUGCGCAACUCUCGCCAUCUCGCCAUCUCGCAUUCAGGUACGCCAUCGCCGCCAGCACCCAUCGACUCGCACUACCUGAAAGCGGCUCAGAAUCGCCACAUUGCAUCAUUCGACACUCGCUCGCACCAAAGCAUCCGGAUGAUUCGCCACCGCCACGCCAUCGCUCGACAUUCUGGACCGACCUUGCUUGCGCCCUUGGCCAUCCAUCAUUCACAGAUUCCCACUUGA